GCUCGGGCCGGAAAGUUUCUUCCCCGCUGUGGCUCGGCCGCGGACCUCUCGCCGGUCUUUCUCGCUUUCGGAAGUGUCCCCGAGUCUCUGCGUUGUUUUCUUCUGUUGCCGUCGCUGGUGCUCUCGUUGGCGGUCCCAUCCUUCACGUGCUCUGCGCUCCUUUCUAAACGGGAAAAACUCAGUGCCGGGCGGUACUGUCUCAGGAAGGCAGCUCCGAAAUGAUUGCCAUCUGUUUUCGUCGUUGUGGAAGAGACCGGCUCCUGUCGGGGGGGCAGGAGAAGGAAUGAGAUCAGCGAGCGGCGAUUACAGCAAAUCCUGCCCCGGUGAUUUGCAGGGGUUUGCGCCUCCUUUAAUAAGAUGUGACAUGCUACCUACCAGCCACCAUCUCCCCUCUCUGGAGGUGGGGGGAUGUGGCCGUGGUUGCAUAACAGUUGCCCUGAACAUCACACAUGUUCCCAAAGCAGGAGGCUGUCCAGCUGACACUCCCUGACCACAGGAGCUGGAGCAGCUAUAGGGAGCAGUGCCCUGGGUAGCCAGCCAUGAUCGCCACUGGAGGCCUCCUGAGGAUCUCAGCUAGGAAACAGGAUCCCUUGCGACCACAAAGCCAAAUCCCCAAACGCAAACGUAAGGCCAAGAAGAAACGCAAAAAUGAUGUUGUGGUUGUGAAAGGCAAGCUCAAGCUGUGCUCCAUCUCAGGGCUCAUUGCCCUCUGUGGCAUCCUGGUACUGCUAGUGGGCAUCGCCUUGGCUAUUGUGGGCUACUGGCCUAAGUCCAGCCAGGUAUACAGAGAAGUUAGUGAGGGCAGGCACCUGGCCCCUCAGGGUGGCACCCUCAAGAACCGCUCCCAGAACCAGGAAGGGGCACAAGCUGAGAUCUACCUGGAGUCACCUUCCAGAGCCAAUUCCACCGCUGCUAUCAGCCAGGAGUUCCCGCAGUCCUAUCCCACUUCCUCAUCCCCCCAAGCUUCAGUGGGUUUCCUUUUCCGUGUUUUCUCAAGCUACUUGCAUUCAGACAAGCUGAAGGUCUUGGGCCCCCUCAUCAUGGGUAUUGGCAUCUUCCUCUUCAUCUGCGCCAAUGCAGUAUUGCAUGAGAACCGUGACAAGAAGACCAAGAUCAUCAACCUGCGGGACCUCUAUUCCACUGUUAUUGAUGCCCACAGUUUGCGGGCGAAGGAUGGAGGCGCCUCAGCUCCUCUUAAUGGCUUUGUCAAUUAUGUGCAGUCACGGGGCCUGGAGCUAAAGCCUGGUGGUGAAGGCCUGGGUGCUGCGGCUAUGCUGGCCAAGAGCUCUUGGCCACCGGGCCUGGCUGCCUCUUUUUCCCCACCUGACCUAGCAUCCUCGCCACGACGUUCCUCCUUCUGCACCUUGCCGCAGCCUCCCAGCCUGGCCGAGGCUGUGUACAGCAUCUACCAGGAGCAUGCUGCCCAUACUGGCCACACCUUCACCAGUCCGCCCUGCAGCCCACCAGAGAGCUGGGGCCAGCGCAGCACAGCCAGCUCCAUUGUUGGAUCCUCGUUGAGUGCUUUCACUCUUCUGCCCUUGACGCAGAGUGGCAGAGGGGGAGGCUGGCGGAGGCCUCCUGGUGAGCGGGGAGCCCAGGAAAUCCCACAGGGGGAGUUUGAACUGAGCCUGACUGACCUCAGCCACGUCGAGGGAGGCUACAGGACAAGAAGGCACAAGCUGGUUCUCAGGCGGCAGAGCACCAGCUGCUUGCCUGAUGCAAGGCGUCCCCUUUCUCCUGAGCCACCUCGGUCUCCAGCUGUCAGGGGAGGCCUGGACUCCAGCCUGUUGGCAACUUCUAGCCACUCCAGAUCUCUGGACCUGGGGGAAUCACCUCCCUCAACUCCCCCCGCCAUCACCAGGAUGGACUCCCAGAGCUCACAGUCUGAGCCUUCCAGCAGCAAUAAGGGCUACAGUCACCUGGAGGAGGCUGGCACCUCCUUGGAGUCAGUUGCCAACACCCCAGCCAGUAAAAUCCAGGACUGUGAGGAGGAACCGGUUGAGAAAAUGGACCCCCUCAAGGCUACCAGCACAGAACAAACAGAGGAACAAUCUCAGCAAAUUCAAAGACAGUACACAAAGAAAGAGAAACUCUUUAUGAUUUCUAGGUCGCACGCUGCAUUAGGGCUGGAGGAUGGGGAGCUGGAAAGUACUGGCAUCUGAAAAACCAAGAAAGCGCAAAGACACCUUGCAGCCCUCCACACCUUUUCCCCCUUCUUCAUCUUUUUGUGGACUUAGGAAACCAGUCUAUAUCCAAAGAGCUGCAGUAUGCUACCCUUGAAAAUCUGAAUUCAGUAAAUCCUGUAGAUGACUUCAGGAAGAAAAUCCUUCUGUCCGAUUGUAUGUUCCUUGCAAGCCAAAUUGUAUUAAAUAUCCACAGUCCAGCAAGUUCUUGAGAUCAGCUUAAUACAAUUUCGGACAGUAUAACUGUGCACUUUAAUUGUCUUGAUUUCCAAGUGCUCCUUCUCCUCCGAUUUCUUUCUUGCUGAUUUGCCACUAACUGCUUGAAAACCACAGGCACUUUUUUAAGCUCAAGAGCACAGUGCUCUUUAGAUUAAGAAAGCUGAGCUCUCUCUUUGUUUUGGUUCAAUCACUAAAAAGUUUGCAAGGCCUUAAGGAUGACGUACCUUGACAAAGAAGGAGUUUGCUUAAAUUUUGAAAAAAUGACAAUUUAGAACAGAAUAGAGCAGAACAGAGUGUUGAUAAUUUAGUUAAAACCAUAAUGUUCUUCAAUUCAAAAUACCUACUAUGAUGUGAUACUUUAUCAAGUAUUAUUACACAUGUAUUGAGUAAUAGCAUUAAAAGAUUUUUUUUUUUUAAUAAAACAUUUGCAAACAAAACUGAGAGAUAAAAAGUCUUUUAUUUUGGUAAGUACUUAUGAUGCCAUAAAUUUCUGUUUUUGUAGUGUGAAUGAUUAGA